CCCUUGUCUGCCAGCGUUCCAGUUUGAAAGAACAGUAAAUUCAACAGAGGCAAAAAAUAUUGCAGCUGUUGAAAAUAUUGAACAACAACAUUUACCAGAGAAUUUCUCCUCCUUGAUGGAUAACUAUAAGAGUUUUCCUUAGGAAUUAUGGGUACACGAUUCAGUCAAGGUCGGCGGAAACCAGUCCCAAAUGAAAAACCUCCAUAUGUCUCUGAGGAAGAACAAACUACAUAUGUCUCUAAGAAAGAAAUCAACUAUUUAACUCAGAUGUUUCAAUUUGUCAACAAUGACAGGAAGAAGGGUGAAUUCUGUGACACAAUAGUUGCAUCGAGAAAUCAGUACUUCAUGGUACAUAGUAUAAUGCUCGCAUGCAAUAGUUACAUUUUCCGCAACAUAACUGAGAGAUAUAUCAAUCACCACAAGCGUUUAACUAUAUAUGUGGAUUCCAUUAAACCACACAUAUUUGAACUGUUGCUUGAGUACAUAUAUACAGGUAAACUGGGUUUGAAAAGAACGAAUGUUGCCGAAGUUUCCAUGGCCGCAAUGGAUUUGAAAAUCCCAACUAUCUGUGAACUUUGUACUAAUUUCAUUCAAGAUAUGGAUUUAGAACAAGCUCUAAUAAUUAUUUUAACCAAAAACAUACCGCUUUCAAAUCAAGUUUUUCGUAUGGCUUUCCAGUUCGUUGAGAAUAACUUCAGUAAAGUUUGUGAACAUGAACUUUACAUGAAAAUAGAGAUCAAUGUUUUGUCAAGACUUUUAUCAAGUGACAACUUAAAUAUACGAUGGGAAUUGGAGGUGCUUGACAACUUACUAAAAUGGACCUACCAUAGCUUCAAGAAUCGAAAGAAUUAUUUUUCAAGUCUUAUUAAACACGUUCGCUUCACCCAAAUGACCAUGCAGGAAUUGCGUUAUGCUUGCACCAUGGCCAAACUGUUCCGAGAAUCAAGUGUCUGUGAAAUUGUUGUUGCAGAAUCUGUUCGACAAAGAUAUCUCUUACUCAAGGGAGACUUAAACCACACAAGUGAAAACCCCAGAAAUUGUUUUAAAACAGCUGAAGAGAAUUCUACCACAGGUGCCAAUAAUUGUCUGACAUCCAGCAUUUUGGAAGGCAAUAUUCAAUCCAAACCAAAUAUAAUGCAAAUAAGUGGUGGGAAAUCAUGUGUGACCAAUGCCAAAUCAGAUCUUGUCCCAAAGUUAAACUCUGAAGAAAUUUGUAAUCAUAAUCGAAACCGUCAGUUUUCACCAAAUGUCUUUAAUAAUAUUCAGUCUUUUAUGGGCAAUUCUAUGAAUGCCAGAUCUUGUGAGAAUAUUUCUUCAGUUCAGCUUAACAAGAGAGAUGGGAAGUUGCAAACACAAAGUAAAAUAGGAAGCAGUUUAAACAAAUCAUCAUUCAAUCAAUUUAAAGAGAUUUUGGAUGGAUCUAAUCAAUUAGUGAAAGCUACAACAGAAUUUAAGUCUGACCUAACAAAACAGAAAGCAGUAACUCAUGACAACUCUGCUCAAAUAAAUGUAGUGCCAGUUUUGAUUGAAAAAUCAGCAUCUGUUUUACUUAGCAAAAGAAGCAAUGCAAUAGAUUUGUCAAGUGAUAUCUACAAUCUAUUUGAUUAUACUACAGAGAUAAAUCCACUUUAUGCUGACAAGGAAUCAAAAUUGUUUCCAUUAGAUAAUUCUAGUAAAAUUAAAACAAUCUGUGGACAGACAAAGAACUUGAGAAUUAAACGACAAUCUAAAAUGCGUUUGUUCAUUAAGUCUAACAGAUUAAAAGUAAACAAUAGAAUAUCUAAAAUCCUUCAUAAGAGAACUUCAGGUAUUUCUUGUAUGUUUGUUAGACGAAAGAAACCAACAAUUAUCAAAGAUUCUUAUCUAACACUAAAAUCUAAAACAGUUUUAGGAGGUGUUGAAAAUGGUUUGAUAAACAACAAGAAACAUUUUCCCUCAGCUUCACCUAUUUUCAGUAAAAGCAAAAUGUUUACUUGUCAUAAUAAUGAUACAACUACUAUAAGAAGGUAUGGUAGGGUAAAAUAUAUUGAAGGUGGAUUUUGUAACUGUGUACUUUCAAACAGUGAAGCUGGUUCAGGAACAGAGUUAGAAAACGAUGAGAAUUCUAAUAAUGAAAAUAGUACUCCCCUUGGCAACACUGGGAUCAAAUUAGAUCAUAUUUCUCAGCCAGAAGAACAAGCACAUGACAGAAGGACAUUUCUGGAUGAUAUUGAAGAUGAAAAUCAUGAAGUCACACCAGUUAUCCAUGGACCAGUAAUCCGCUUAACAAAAACACAUUUAACAUCAGACGAAAAAAAAACUCUUCCAGAUUUCCAUAGAAGAGUUACUUAUGGAACUAAUAUAUCGAUAAAGACUGGUGAACCUUUGUCUCCAGGAACAAAUGUUACUUCUGCCUAUAUUUGGGAAAACAGCUCUAUAUCAAGGCCAGUCAUUAUGAUGAAAAAUACUGACUUUAAUUAUAACUUACCCAAUGUCUGUUCAGUUCUUUCAACACCAGACAGUAUAAGUAAACCUCUACCUGAUCUCACUACAUUCCUUACUCAGAGACGCAAUUCUGUUGAUGUAUGCACUGACUUAUUAAGAUUUGCACGUAAGAGAUCAAUGCCAAAAAAAUGUUUUUCUGAUGAAGUAUUAAGUGUUUGGGAGACAGAACUGAAAAAGGGUAUUUCUGAAGCUGCUGAAAAUUAUAAACAUAGUGUUCUAUUUAAUAAGAAAAAUCAAAAAGUUAGAAUGGUGUCUCGGAUUGUUGAGGUAGAUAGCAACUCCUCUGAAACACCAGUUACAGCGAAUGAUGACAAAAAUCAUUCACAGCAUACCAAAAGUAUGGAACUAAAUUCCUCAAACAAAACAAAUAUGAUUCUCCGUUUUAGCACAGAAGCUUGUUUAGACACUGUGCCGGAAGUUGAUUACAAUAUAGAAAAUAAGAUAGGAACUAAUGAAAAAGAUAAACACACAAAUGAAAAUAAUUAUGACUCUGCAAAGGAAGAAACAUCAUUAGAUCUUCUAAGCAUCCAAGCUGUUGCUGCAUGCUCUUGCACAUCUAUGCCAACGAUGGAUUGGAAUGACCACCCAGAGGAAACACCUUUUGGCUUCAUACAUGAGGAACCUAUUUCAACAUCUGCAUUUAACAUAGAGCCUAGAAAACCUCAAGAGAUCUUUACAAAAGGGGAAAAAGAUACUAUUAAAUGUGUAGUCUUAGCUAGUGACAUCAAAACAUGCAAUGAAUGCAAAGAUAUUGAACCUACUUCAGCAUCUGCUCCACCUAGAAAAACUACUGAGACCCAGGAUUUCAAUAUGGAUCUGGCUGAACAAGAAAAAGAUUCUGUUAACUACUUAAUGGGUGGUGGCAAAGUGGAAGAAUAUGAUAUAUAUAAAAAUAGGAAAGAUGCUUCAACAUCUGCUUCACCCAAAGAGAUCAAUCAAGCCCAAAAGACCAGAGAAUCUGAAGAGAUCAACAUAGACCUUGCUAAACAAGAACAGGAUACUGUAAAAUAUGUAGUGGUUGGUGGUAACAUUGAAAGAUGUAAGAUAUGUAAAAAUAUUAAACCUACUUCACCCAACGAGAUCAAUGAACCCCAAGAGACUGGACAACCUGAAGAAAUUGACAUAAACCUUGCUAAGCAAAAUCAGGAUACUGUUGAAUAUGUUGUGUUCGGUAGUGAUGUGGAAAGAUGUAAGGUAUGCAAAAAUCUUAAAACUGCAUCAACAUCUCCUAAAAAGAUUAAUCAAGCCCAACAAACCAGACAACCUGAAAAGGUCAACUUUGCUAAACAGGAACAGGAUACUGUUGAUUAUGUAAUGGCUGGUAGAAAGAUGGAAAGAUGUAAGAUAUGUAAAAAUUUUAAAGUUACUUCAACAUCUGCUUCACCCAAAAUGAUCAGCGAACCCCAAGAGACUAGGCAACCUAGAGAAAUUGACAUAGACCUUGCUAAACAAGAACAGGAUACUGUUGAAUAUGUAAUGGUUGGUAACAAGAUGCAAAGAUGUAAGAUAUGUAAACAAUUUAAGGUUGCUUCAACAUCUGCUUCACCCCAAAUGAUCAGUGAACCCCAAGAGACCAUAGAACCUAGAGAAAUUGAUAUAGACCUUGCUAAACAGGAACAGGAUACUGUUGAAUAUUUAGUGACUGGUAACAAGAUGCAAAGAUGUAAGAUAUGUAAACAAUUUAAGGUUGCUUCAACAUCUGCUUCACCCAAAAUGAUCAGUGGACCCCAAGAGACCAGACAACUUGGAGAAAUUGAUAUAGACCUUUCUAAACAAGAACAGGAUACUGUUAACUACACAGUUGCUGGUAGUAAGAUGGAAAGAUGUAUGAUAUGUAAUAAUUUAAAACUUGCUCUAACAUCUGCUUCACCCGAAGAGAUCAGUGAACCCCAAGAAAUCAGCAGAGAUCUUGCUAAACAAGAACAAUUAAAGUAUCAAAUACGUGGUAGUAAUGUAGAAACAUGUAAUGCGUGCAGAGCCCUUGUGCCUUUUUCAACAUUUGCUCAAUCUAAAGAGACCGGUGAACCCCGUGAGAUCAACAUAGAUGUUUCUAAACAAGAACAAGAUUCUGCUGAAUAUGUAGUGCCUGAUGACACGAAGGAAAUAUGUGAUAUAUGCAAAAAUAUGAAGUCUCCUUCAACACCCACUGCACCCACUCAACCCCAAGAGAUCAACAUAGACCUUGCUGAACAAGCAGAAGGUAGCACUAAAUACUUCGUGACUAACGAUAACAAGUACAUUGAUAUCAAUGCUGCUUCAACAUCCAGAGUUGUCAAAGAGGUGUAUCAACCCCAAGAUAUCAAAGUUCACUAUGCAGAACCAGAACCGGCCUGUCAUUAUUGUUUGGUGGACGACAUUGAUGAUCUCGUAGAUGUUAGCAGUUCUUUUCUCACCUUCGAAGAGCCUUGUUGCUGUUGCAGUAAACCACAUAGUUUCGAAACUGAAUUAACUCGGAUCCUCGAAGAUCAUAUUGCUCAGCCAUGUUGUGCUCAUAUUGUAACAAGGAACCUAGCAAGCAUGUGUGAAGACAACCUUCUUUCAUGCAGUUCUAGUAUAUCUUCCAUGGAGGACUUUGAUUUUUUAUUUACCAACCAUGCAGACAGUUUUGAUCUUAAAUUUACAAAUAUUAAUUGAGUAUAAAAAUAAUAAAAGAAACUAUACUUUCUU